CCUCACCAAUAACAAUUAUACAACAGCUGCCCCUCUCCCCGCCCCCUUCGGCAAGUAUUGCGCAUGCGCACUGUGCACACCUCUCUCCUUCACCGUGUCCUACUUCAGUCCGAUCAGAAGCGCCGUGCUUAGUGCUUCUCACAACGAAACGACGCCAUGGCUGUUCCUCCUGCGUACGCCGACCUGGGCAAGUCUGCCAAAGACAUCUUCUCCAAGGGCUACGGUUUCGGGACCGUGAAGCUGGACCUGAAGACAAAGUCCCAGAGUGGAGUUGUAAGUUUCAACACCUCUGGCUCCAGCAACACAGACACAGGUAAAGCUGCUGGUACCCUGGAGACCAAGUACAAGGCCAAGGACCUGGGCCUGAGCUUCAGCCAGAAGUGGAACACCGACAACACCCUGACAUCCGAGAUCACCCUGGAGGACCAGUUGGCUCAGGGGCUGAAGCUGACCUUCGACACGUCAUUUGUGCCAAAUACGGGGAAGAAGAGCGGGAAGCUGAAGACUGGGUACAAGCGGGACUACAUGAACCUGGGCUGCGACGUGGACUUCGACUUCGCGGGCCCCACGGUGCACGCCGCCGCCGUGCUGGGGUACGAGGGCUGGCUGGCCGGGUACCAGAUGGCCUUCGACACCGCCAAGUCCAAACUGGCGCAGAACAACUUCGCCCUGGGCUACAAGGCCGGGGACUUCCAGCUGCACACCAACGUGAAUGAUGGGACGGAGUUCGGCGGCUCCAUCUACCAGAAGGUGAGCGACCAGCUGGAGACGGCGGUGAGCCUGGCCUGGACCGCCGGCAGCAACAACACCCGCUUCGGCAUCGGCGCCAAGUACCAGCUGGACAAGGACGCGUCGCUGUCUGCCAAAGUGAACAACGCCAGUCUGGUGGGAGUCGGGUACACACACACCCUCAGGCCAGGAGUGAAGGUCACUCUCUCCGCGCUGGUCGACGGCAAGAACUUCAACGCCGGGGGACACAAGGUGGGGCUCGGGUUCGAGCUGGAGGCGUAGGGAAGGCGGAGAACCCGGGAAACAAGGAACCCCUUGGCGAAGAGCUGGGAGAACGAGUCACCAAGCCCCAGAGUCCCCUCCGAGCGAGGAACCACACACACACAUGCGCACACACACACACACAUGGAUACAGACACACACACACACGUGCACACACACACAUGGAUACAGACACACACAGACACGCACACGUGCACACACACACACACACACACACACACACACACACACAGACAGACACUGUAACACACACACACACACAGAGCACAGUUUUGGCCUUAACCCUGAAGUCCUCAGUACACCUCUUGACAAACCCGUACUGCAACAAAACCUGGCGAGACUCGCACUCCUUGCAGGUUUCCAUGCCGACUGCCGACCUCCAUUGUGAUGUCACUCCGUUAACGCGGCCUCUGUCUCUCACCAGUUGACCCGGAAAUAUUUAAGUGGAAAUAGGAGAAACUGUAUGCAGUUUUGAUUAGGUAUUUUUUUUCAUAGGUGGGAUGGAUAGAAGGCAGUUUGUGUAGGAGAGCAUGGCCUGUCUUUCAGGGGGGGGUUAUUGCAUAUUUACCUGUAGCUUUGAUUUUGUUGUUAAUUCACCUGCCUGUGUUUGUGCAGAAGAGAUGAAAGUCAGUUUUUUUUUUUUUUUUCUUUUUUUGUGUGCUAUUGAUUCAAACAGCAUAUCAAUGAAGCCUGGGAGUUGUGUUGUUGAAGCGGUGACUUGUUUUUAAAUAAAAUACUACUUUAAAUCAA